AUGUUAAUGGCAAACAAAUAUCGUCGUCAUACGCAUCCAAUGCCAAACGUGUGUAAACCGUAUUUUUCCGAAAUCUCCACGCUUUAUCUCGGCACCAACUCGCAAGACCAUGAUGACGAACUCGAUGAAUUUGUAGAGAUAGCUUUCCCGCGGGAGCAUUGCAAGGAUAAAGAAAUGAGUAUACAUAAGUUUAACCUUAUGAUCAUUGACACAAGACCAAGAACAUCGGAGCGACCCGCACUAUUGUUUUUCGCUUCUCUAUAUCAUAAACGCAUGAGGAAGGAUACAAGCUUUUUCGUCAUUGGAAACCAGACUGACGCAUCCAAAGAAUUACAUCCGCCUUUUGAUAUGAUAUAUGGAGAGACCACCCAAGACAGUUCAGCACAAGGUAUCUCCUUUCGGGCUCUACACAGAACACGCGGUAUAGCGCCGGUGCCUUCCGAGGAAGAAAACUCGCAUUACCCAGUAGUGUUUCUCAUAUACGAGAGGUGCACUACCAGUACUGUUUGCAAGGAAAUAAAGGAAGGUAUGAGCGAAUGCUCUUACUUGCAGCAGCAUUCCGCAAGAAAGAUGGAGAGGAAAAGGGGGGACUACAUUGCGUAUGUGACCAAUAUGCAAUUGGUUGAUUUGAUAUUUGAGCACCUAGUUGACGUGGUGGUUGUGAGUAGGAAUUUGUCGAUUACAAGAGGUACACCAUUUGUACAGCGACUGUCACGAAAGCUGAACGACCACGAUAUCAAAUUGAAUAUGAUAGCCAUUUCUGUACAAGAGACAACAAGAGAUAUUGUAAAAGGAGCAUCGCUAUCGUUUUGCCCUCCAAGACAUGACGAACUGGAUUAUCGGGCUACUCACACGUCGAGUUUCUGGAAGCUAAGCGAACACACACCUGGACUUGAGAACAAAUGUGAAUCACAGUACUUACGCAGAUUCGAUGAAGACGUUGAAUACAAUUCUCAGUUGGCAGUUUAUCGUUACCCAGAAGGACAGCAGCCGCGAGUAAUCAAAACCGAAGACCGCCCCUCGACGCGCACAAGAUCGGAAGAUUUCGAUGCUCCUACCAAUGAAGAGACGCUCUUGCAGGUUGAAAAAUGCGUGGAAGGUGAAUUACAGCAAGCAGAGCAGUGCGAAGCUGUAUUACAAAAACCGCCGUUCACACAUGCAGAUCUUCAGUCGAUGGCCACAAAGGUCAAUUACCUCUACCAAGAAGCCUUAAGUAGGGAAAAAGUAAACCACGAAGUAGCGCUCAAGAAUGCUCGUGAUGCAAUGGAACGUUAUGAGGAGAGCACAAGGAAAAAUGCUUUUCGCCGGGAAAUGAGACUCAUCUUAGACACGGGCGAUUUCGAUAGUGAUACGAUGAAGGAAGUUCCAAAAUUAGCGAGCAAGGAAUUCUCAUAUUACAUGCCAGUUUUUGGGCAAGAAUGGCGUCACCAAAAAAGGGGUGUUAACAUUCGUUGUGAGCCUUGCUUUGAGGCACUGAAGGAACGACCUGAUGUGGCAAAGUCCCCUUUAGCAAAAGAAGAAGGAAUCCCUAUCAAAAAGGAUGUGAUCAAGACUUUGAGGAAUCACCACAGAGGGUACACGACACACAUAAAUGCGGUGAAAUCAUAUGAACAAAAGAUAGAAAAAAGAAUAUCUGAUUAUCUGGCCACUGUGGACACGUCGCCCAACGAUCCUUUGUCAGCUACUGCAAGGCUUUUUUCACUUGCCUACGCAGCUGUAAAAAUGUACCUUCCACCAUUCAAAUUCCCCGAUCUGUGCCAAGCCGUGAAAGGUCUCGGAGUAGAACUUGGAACAAAACACUUGACGCAAGACGGAUAUGUAAAUAUGGCAAGAGUGAUAAGUGAAGACAUGAAAGGACGACUAAUAAGAUACAUACAAAAGAAUCAGUCUCCAUUUUCACUUCUCAUUGACGGAUCCACUGAUAUUGGCGGAAAGCAGAUAUUACUAGUUUUCAUACGAUUCCCUGACGCUGUAAGUCUGGCUCCGAAUACUCAACUACUCGAGGCUAUAGAGAUAAAUGAAGCUGAAACCGGAUUAAAUCUAUUCAAUGCCGUUUAUGAUAUUUUCGCUAGAAAUCACCUUAUCAAGGAACUGGUUUGGAACUUGAUAGCUGUCGCAACUGAUGGAGCAAAAAACAUGAUCGCUGAAGGAGGUUUACAAGGUAGACUCAAUGCAAACAUCUCUCAGUCACGGAAAAAUGACUUGAUGAUAUACGGGGCAACAAAUGAGGAGCUAUCGAAGGUUUCGGAGAAGCCAAUCGUGUGGAUACAUUGUCUUGCGCACAAAGUUGAGUUAGCUCUUGCCGAAGCAUUGAAAGGAGAAGAAACUUCUCAGUCACACAAAUGGCGUAUUUUUGCCACUAAUUUUCUCAACAAACUUCACUCAUUUUUUGGGUCAGUUGCUACGAAAAGACGAAGAAAAUUAGAAAGAGCGUGCAGAUCAUUAGAAAACUGCAGAUUGCUAAAAUUGAAAGAAAUCAUAGAAAUACGUUGGGCAUCUUCAGAAAAAGAUGCUAUUCACAACUUCUUAAAAAUGUACAAAUCUUUGUGGCUUGCACUGCAUGACAUAUCGCAAAGUCAUGAUGAGUUUGACAAACAAACAAGAACCAGGGCAGCUGCAUUUCUUUCUGUAUUGAAAUCCAUAAAAUUGUAUAGAUAUCUGUUGUUCCAAUUGGACCUACUUAGUAUUAUCGGUGACUUAUCUAAAAAAGCGCAGGACCAGUCUUCGACAAUAUGGGCUACGGAAACCGAAGUUUCUAAAACCACAUCUGUACUGAACAAUUUCGCUGACAAACCGUGGGAGUCACAAGUUUCAUCAGACUUUCAAAACAUUGUGUUGUGCAAGUUGGCGCUCGGCGGGGGAGGCUUUCAUUUUAAUGCCCGCGACGAUGAAAAAUGCAGAAACUGGUUUUGGACUGGAUGGGAAGGCGAUUUGAAUAAAGAGGCAGUGAUCUUCAGGCUUGGAGACAGCAAGCACAUCUUCCAGUUUAGCAUAGAAGUUCCAGAAGGAGUUGACAUAGAUGCAAGACUGAUGGAAUGGGAACACCGCUCUUCCAGGGAAAUCUCCGAGCUUUUAAUCAGUACACGACAUAACCUCGCUCAAUACAUCACGAGAGGUAGCUCGCAGCAUGUCAAUUUCAAUGCUGAAGAGGCACGGUCGAUGAUUAGCGACCUGGAGGUUCUGGAGGAGUUUAAAAAAGCACAACUGAAGCAGCUGGAUAUGUUUACCAGACAGACCUUAACAUCAGCGGUUGCAGAGACUCUCAGAAAAAGGUUAACAUAUUCUGCAGACUCUAUCUUGUACAAGUUGAAUGCUCUCUCGUUAAAAAACAUUAUCGAACAAGAAACGGACGCGGAUGGUCGUAGAAGAGCCACUUCAAAAUUUUUUGGGUAUCACGAUGACGAGCUAGAUUUGUAUGUAAGACGGCUACAUAAAGAACUUGUGGCCUUGCAGUCAACUGAAGUUCUUCACGACAUCACUUUGGCUCAGGAAAGAUCUGAAUACUUUCUACCGCUUUUGCGAAAGCUCAUGCUUACCACACCUCCAAAGCUGACAAAAUGUGAAAAGUUGUUGGAACUUUUAUCAAAAAUAACUGCAAUUCCCACAAAUACUGCCGCUGUCGAGAGAGGUUUUUCCAUAUACAACCUAAUAAAAGAAGCCAGAAGAUCAGCAACUUCAGCGCUGAACAUGGACGCUUACCUGAGAAUAGUUCUCAACGGACCGCAAGAUCCAACACCUUACGAGUUUGACUACUUCACAAAGCUCUGGAAAAGCAUGGGACACCAGCUUGCUGACGACAUCGCAGAGACUAGAGGCCCAAGCUCAGCGCAAAAAGCGAGCGAUGAGCGCAAGAAGCGACUGGAGAAUAUAUUUUCUGAGAAAGUGUUUCUUUCGCGGUUGUAUUUCUCUGAACCUUAA